AUGGGAGACCCCUCCUCGGCCAGGGGGGCUGAGCCCUCCCUGCCUCCUGGCGACCUCCGGCAGCCCGGCCCGCCAGGCGGGAGCUCCGCCCUGGACCCCGCCCCGGGCCGGAGCCUCGAAGUGUCCGCUCAGUGCUUGGAGUGGUGUGCCCGGGGUCCCGCGGUCGAGGGAGUGGGCGGCCCCCCGAGCGGCUCCGCCUUCCCGGCCAAGGCCCGGCCCCCCGCGCGCGCGCGCCCCGCCUCCUCUCCCGCAACCCCCACCCCCCGCCCCGGCUCCUCAACACAAACUUUCCGUCCCGCUCGCUCCCUCCUCCGCGCCCGGCGCCUCCCGCUCCAGCCCGGCUCAUUCCGCACAUUCCGGCCGGCCCCCUCCCCACGACCCCCCUUCCCCGGCCCGCCUCCCUCAGCCCCUCUCGGGCCCGGCGGAGCGGCCCGGCCGGAGCGCCCCCCCGAGCUCGGACCAGGCUCAGGCAGCCCAGUGGGCUCAGGCCCAGAGCCCGGAGCAACCAGCACAAUAGCGUCCAACAGCUGGAACGCCAGCAGCAGCCCCGGCGAGGCCCGGGAGGAUGGGCCCGAGGGCCUGGACAAGGGCCUGGACAACGAUGCCGAGGGCGUGUGGAGCCCGGACAUCGAGCAGAGCUUCCAGGAGGCCCUGGCCAUCUACCCGCCCUGUGGCAGGCGCAAGAUCAUCCUGUCGGACGAGGGCAAGAUGUACGGUCGAAAUGAGCUGAUCGCACGCUACAUCAAACUGAGGACAGGGAAGACUCGGACGAGAAAGCAGGUGUCCAGCCACAUACAGGUUCUAGCUCGGAAGAAAGUGCGCGAAUACCAGGUUGGCAUCAAGGCCAUGAACCUGGACCAGGUCUCCAAGGACAAAGCCCUCCAGAGCAUGGCGUCCAUGUCCUCUGCCCAGAUCGUCUCCGCCAGUGUCCUGCAGAACAAGUUCAGCCCCCCCUCCCCUCUGCCCCAGGCCGUCUUCUCCACUUCCUCACGGUUCUGGAGCAGCCCCCCUCUCCUGGGACAGCAGCCUGGACCCUCUCAGGACAUCAAGCCCUUUGCACAGCCAGCCUACCCCAUCCAGCCACCCCUGCCACCAACACUCAGCAGUUACGAGCCCCUGGCCCCACUGCCCCCGGCUGCUGCCUCUGUGCCUGUGUGGCAGGACCGUACCAUCGCCUCCUCCCGGCUACGGCUCCUCGAAUACUCAGCCUUCAUGGAGGUGCAGCAAGACCCUGACACGUACAGCAAACACCUGUUUGUGCACAUCGGCCAGACCAACCCCGCCUUCUCAGACCCGCCCCUGGAGGCCGUGGAUGUGCGACAGAUUUAUGACAAGUUCCCUGAGAAGAAGGGAGGCCUGAAGGAGCUCUAUGAAAAAGGGCCCCCCAAUGCCUUCUUCCUCGUCAAAUUCUGGGCGGACCUCAACAGCACCAUCCAGGAGGGCCCCGGCGCCUUCUAUGGGGUCAGCUCCCAGUACAGCUCUGCCGACAGCAUGACCAUCAGCGUCUCCACCAAGGUGUGCUCCUUCGGCAAGCAGGUGGUGGAGAAGGUGGAGACCGAGUAUGCCAGGUUGGAGAAUGGGCGUUUCGUGUACCGCAUCCACCGGUCGCCCAUGUGCGAGUACAUGAUCAACUUCAUCCACAAGCUCAAGCACCUGCCAGAGAAGUAUAUGAUGAACAGCGUCCUGGAGAACUUCACCAUCUUGCAGGUGGUCACAAGCCGGGACUCCCAGGAGACCCUGCUAGUCAUUGCUUUUGUCUUCGAAGUCUCCACCAGCGAGCACGGGGCCCAGCACCACGUCUACAAGCUUGUUAAAGACUAGGGUUCCCUCAGGGCCCAUCACAAGGAUGCAGGACUGGCACCCCUGGGGGGUCCCAGGAUCGAGGAUUCAUCCAUCCACCCAUGAAGCCUCAGGCUCAGGACGCAGGCGGCCUCCCCACCCAAGCCCAGCACACACACUCCCUGCCACUGUUCUGCGCUUUAAAGUGGGAGAAGAGGAGGGAGGCUCUGCCAUGGGCAGCAAGCCCACUGCCACACAGCUCUGCUCAACUUGGAAUGACUUCAGAGGGCUGGGGAUGAAGGACUCUUCUGGGCUCCUGCAGGAGUGACUAUUGG